AUGCCCUCACCAACCCCCACCCUCGUCAACAUCGGCACUCACUCCCUGGCCCUAUACGCCCACGGCCCCUCACCCACCCCCUCCCAACCCGUAGUCUUCUUCAUCAACGGCAUCGCAACAAGCAGUCUCGUCUGGGCAGGCGUCCUAAAACUCCUCCCCUCCACCCUCCGCAGCUACACCUACGACCGCUCCGGCUUCAGCGCCUCAAACCCCUCACCCCUUCCCCCCACGCCCGAAAAUAUCGCCCUCGAACUCUCACGGCUCAUGAAAAACACACCCAUCACCAAUCCCUUAAUAUUGGUAGGCCAUUCCUGGGCGGGCGUGCUGAUACGGGAGUUCAUCGCGCUCACGGGGGGUUCGCAAAUCGCGGGGUUGGUGCUUGUGGAUGCGAAUCUGGAGACGUCGCUGCAGGUGCUGAACGUGCUUGAUCCGCAGCUACGGGCGGUGUUUAAGGGCGUGGAACAUUAUGAGGGGAGUGGGAUUGCGAGGGAGCAUAAACUGACAAGCGAGGAGUGGGACGCGUUUAUUAAGGAUGAAAGGUCAGCGAAAUUCGUUUUGCAAGCUGAAAAUGAGAGUAAAGAGUAUGAGCCCGGGUUUGGGACGCUUUUGAAGAAGGAGUUGGCGAAGAAACAGCCGUUAUUGGGUGAUGCGCCGGUGUUUGUGACUGGGGGCAUGCGAAGUAGAGAUUGGAAUGGGUUGUAUGCAGCGGGUGUAGCGAAGGGGAAUGGGACGGAGGAACAGAGGAGGUAUGCUAGGGAGAUGAUUGAUGGGGCGGAUGAGAAGCAUAUGGGUCUUAUCCGAGAGCAUUUGAAACUUUCUACAAGAGGUAAGCUGGUGUGGGCGUAUGAGAGUGGACAUUUUGUGCAGUUGACGCAGCCGGAAUUGGUUGUGGAGGGGGUGGAGUGGGUGUUGGAUGAACUGAAGGCUGGUUCUUAG